GGUAUAUCCAAAUUUGUGUUGGAUGAUCCAUGGUCUUCCGCCACGUGCGGGUGCUGCUGGCGGCAGCUUGCUGCGCGGUGCUGCCGGCUUUUGUGCUGCCCUUUGCUGUCCUGAAAAAGCGCUGGUGGCGCAGUGCCAAGGCCCGGCCAUGGCGGCAGCCUUUGAAGAAGAAGUCUCCAGUUGGGCUGAGGAGUCUGGCCUUGGGGUGGUGCUGGAGCUAGAGGCCUUGGAAGGAAAGUCUUGCGGCGACUGGGCGCAGUUCUACCGCUUGAAGACUUCGAAGGAUGGGAAGGAUCCUUGCCACUUUUUUGUGAAAACUUCACCACGGGAUGUCUGCAAGAUGCUUUUGGGCGAAGCGCAAGGUCUGGAGGCCUUACGCUGCGCCACGGAACUGCUGAAGGUACCCAAAGUGCUCCACGUGGGCAACCGCCGCGACGGUUCAGGUUCCUUCCUGGUGUUGGAAUAUUUGAACCUCGGUGGCAGACGAGACGAUUUCCAGCUGGGUCUGGCCAUGGGAGACUUGCACCGUGCGAAGGGUGCGAAGGGGCCAAAGGAGUUUGGUUUUGUGGUGGACAAUACGAUUGGGGAAACGCUUCAGCGGAACCCGUGGACAGAGGACUGGGUGGACUUCUUCCGUGAGCAGCGGCUGCGAUUUCAGGUGGAUCUGGCAGAAGACAGCUAUGCCACUUAUUUGUUUAAUGCCAUUGCGCCGGACCUCCACAUGCUCUUCGAGGACAUCGAGGUGCGCCCCUCGCUGCUGCACGGCGACUUUUGGAGUGGCAACGUCGCAGUCGUCGAGGAUCGGCCGGCGGUCUUUGAUCCUGCAGCCUACUACGGACACCACGAGGCCGAGUGGGGCAUGUCUCGCCCUGGAUCUCUGUCAGAUGACUUUUGGAGAGGCUACAGACAGCACAUUGUUGAGGAUCCUGGAUUUGAGGAGCGCAGGCCGCUCUACCGCGCCUAUCACCAGCUGAAUCAUUUCAACCUUUUUGGAGGUGACUACUUGACUCGGGCCAUUCGGUCGCUGGAAGCGGUGAAGCAGAGCCUGGAAAAAAAAUCGGGGCCCAAGGGGCUCUGGCCCCUUCCGUUCUACGUGAGCACGCGGAACUUUCCCUUGGUGGUCAUGACCCUGUCAUGGCUUCUGCACAUGGAUUCCCAUCUGGAUGUCUCGGUGGCAUACUUCACAUCAGUUGUCUUCCCGGAUUUCUUUGAAGAGUCGGGGGACACCCGGGGAUAUCCGUGGGGAUUGGUCCUGGAUCGAUAUUGGUCCUGGGUGAUAUUUGAGGAUGCAGUCGGUGACAUGGAUGCCGAGUCCUUGCAGAAGCUGCAGGUGCGACCCUUCGUGCUACUGUCCGACCGGCAGGACUGGCUGAAGAGCUUGCAAGCGGAGGCGCCAAAAAAGACGCGACAGCUGCGUCGUCUCUGGGCCGACGCCUUUCGACAGCAGCUGCAAAGCUGCCGGAUGCGCGCAGUACAAGUCUUGAGCACCCUGGGGACCGAGUUGGCUGAGGAGUUGGAAGCUGCGCUCUUUCUGCAGUUGGGUGACGCCUGGGCCGCCGACUGUGUCCGCGAAGAUGUGGAGGACACCAUGCACGUGCGCCGCUGCAAGGGAUGUCUGUGCUUCGCUUCGAGGUUCUCCUCUUUGCCAGAUGAGCCGCCCGCCGCGCGGGCGCAACGUCUGCUGGAGGGCUUCCCAAAACCGCCCCAGCCGCCGCAGCCAGCGCAGCCCGUUUCGCAGGGCGAGGAUGCGAUUGAGGAUUUUCCAGAGGACUUGAAAGUGGCCCCGAAAGCGGCCGCGAAGCGGCGGAAGGUUCAAGCCCCGAAGGGCCCGAAGGCCAAGGCCAAGAGGAAGAAGAGCGUGGCCCCUUCGAAGGCGCAGGAGCCCGGGCAAAGCCAAGUGGAGCUGGAGUUGACUCGCAAGCAGAGGGAUGAAGCCUUCUUGUGGCAAUCUGGUUGCCCCUCGACACAGCAGAAGUUCUUCCAGACACCAGUCUUCAAUACGCAUCAUGAGGUUCCUGCCAAUGGCCCAGAUGGGAAUCUUUGGAUGCAAUCCCAAGGGUGCCCACCGUGUAGCCAUCCCCAGGCCAACUUGCUCCCUCAGAAUGAUCCGCAGAAGAGCAUGCAGGCACCAGUCUUCAAUUCUCAUCAUCAGGUUCCUGCGAAUGGCCCAGAUGGGAAUCUUUGGAUGCAAUCCCAAGGGUGCACACCGUGUAGCAAUCCCCAGGCCAACUUGCUCCCGCAGAAUGAUCAGCAGAAGAGCAUGCAGGCACCAGUCUUCAAUACCCAUCAUCAGGUUCCUGCGAAUGGCCCAGAUGGGAAUCUUUGGAUGCAAUCCCAAGGGUGCACACCGUGUAGCCAUCCCCAGGCCAACUUGCUCCCCCAGAAUGAUCAGCAGAAGAGCAUGCAGGCACCAGUCUUCAAUACCCAUCAUCAGGUUCCUUCCAAUGGUCCGGACGGAAAUCUUUGCAUCCAAUCUGAAGGGUGCGUGCCCUCCGUGAAUUCUCCCGGCAAUUCGCCAAGUUGUCGGCAAAAGAGCUGGCAGGUGCCACAGUCAGCUCCGGAUUUUGUUCCCAAUGAGGGAAACUUAUGGAUGCAUCCACAACAAUCACCCUCCCAAGGCAACAUGCCUCUUCCGGCAUUCAAGAGCACAACAUCACAUGUGCAUGAUAAGAAAGAGAAAAAUCAGAGUGAAGAUGAUGCCAUGGCGCGUGGUUGUGCCCCGGAUGCCGCCGCUGUGCCAUUGCCUACGAGCCUGCGCCGACCGACGCCCCCUGCGCCGAAGUUUGCGGAGCCCAUGACGCCCGUUCGCAGCACCCGCGCGCCGCCGACGACACCGGCGGGGAAAGCGGCGGCGAGUCCAGCGCCGCGGCGACUCACCAGCGGGGCGGAGGUCCUGGCUGAGAUCUCGCGGAUCCUCGCCGUCCCCGCCGGCGCCUCGUCGCGCUGGGCACAGCAGGUGCUACGCUUGGAGGGUCGCGAUGGGGGCGCGGCGGCAUCCAAGGCAUUUAGGCGGAUCGCGCGGGAGAUCCACCCAGAUGGACGCCUGCCUCUGUCAGAGGAGGACGAGAUUCGAUGCCACGAGGCCCUGGCACAGCUGCAACGCGCCCGGCGCCGCUUGUGCGGCCAGGGCGCCCAGCAACGGCCGCCCAAGCGACCGGAACGGCUGCGCUGCGAGGUGCGCAACGCUGCGUGGUACAUCACCUGGCAGCGCCGCGACGAUGCCGCAUGCGGAAUCCUGCGUUACGAGCUCAGGGUGCAGGACGGCAGCUUCCUGGUCACCGUGGCCGAGUUGGAUGCCGCGAGCGACGCUUCCUGCGGCUUCGAGCUGCGGAGGGAGCAGCUGUCGCAGCGGCUGUUGCAGCUGCUGCAGGCGAAUGGAUGGCUGGGGAUUCGCGUGGCAGCCCUCGGUGCGGGUGGCUGCAGCCUGAGCGAUGAGGCUACGUUGUGGCUCAGGGAGUUGACGGAGGCAGGCAGCAAGUUCAAUCUCUCCGGCUUCUGAUUUGAACGUUGAGGCUGCUUGCAGGCCAGGCAAGGCCUUGUGCGAAUUCACUGCGAUGUGGCGUAGAAAAGGGUCAAAACCACCUCUGCC